AAGAGAAAAUAUUACAAGUAAAAAAAAAACAACAAGAAAAACUUUGAAAAAUAUUUUUUACGAUCAAUUUAUAUUAUAUAUAUAUUUUAUUAUUUUUUCUAUUAGUGACAAAUUUGAUGAAUAAAGGUAAAUGUAAAAAAUCUUCAAGUGUUACAAGUAUUAUCUAUGAAAAUAAAAACUUGAGCGAUUUUUAUUGCAAUUGCAAGGAUAUUUAUAAAUUUACUAAUAAUUUUAAACAGUUUAAAUUAAAAAAUAAAGUUAAUUUUACUAAUUACUCAAAAAAUAACCAGGACGAUAAAAAGAAAAGAAUGUCACCGACUCCCCGACCGCGAAAUAUAGAAUCGUGUAUGUGUGCCAAUUGCAUUAAACGCGAGUCAAAUAAAGUGAUAAAAAGUAUACGUACACGUGAAAUUUCAACACUGCGUUUAGUUAUUCACAGUUCAGAAAUACUGUAUCAUCAAGGUAAUAAAUAUACAAGUGAAGAUAUAGCGCCAUACUGGAAAAAAGAUUCGCGUAUGUGGCUAUGGAAAUCAGUGCGUCUUGAACGUAAACGUAAGAAUACUGAAUCAAAAUCUCUUAUACAUUUUCCAUCACUUAUUUGUCCAUUUCACAAUUUAUCACACAGCAAAAUAAAAUAACUGUAUAAAUUACUAUUAUCAUCAAUGCCUUUAAAAUUAAUUUUUUAUAAUCAAUUCAUUUAU